AUGGACAAAAAGCAACAUUCAAAAUCAACUGCUAGUGGAUCUUCUUCAUCGUCCACAAUAAAUAAACCAACGAAAACAUCAUCAUCAUCAACAACAGCACCAGUGUCAACAUCAACAAUGGUCAACAAGCAAUAUUCAAAAUCAACUGCUAGUGGAUCUUCUUCAUCGUCCACAACAAAUGAACCAAAAAAAUCAUCAUCAUCAUCAUCAACAGCAGCAUCAGUAUCAACACCAAAGAUGGGUAGAAGUGCUGCACUCCCUCAACCUGCUCGUCGAAUUAUUCAAAAUUUUCUUCUCGUCUGGCUCGAUGCCAAUAUUGACGAGUCAAAGGAAGAUUUUCAAAAUUCAUUACAACAGUUACGACGAAUUGUAGCAUCCAUUACAACAUUCACUGAUGCUCAACAAUGUUGUGAUUAUCUUAGUGGCAUUACAAAAGAAAAAGCAUUUAUGAUCGUAUCGGGCUCACUUGGACAAAAAAUAGUACCAAAAAUGGAAGCCAUACCACAAUUAGAAUCCGUAUACGUUUUUUGUGGUAAUCAAUCUUAUCAUGAACAAUGGGCAAAGAAAGUAUCCAAGAUUAAAGGCGUAUACACAAAAAUUGAACCAAUUUGUCAAGCACUAGAAAUCGAUCGAGAACGAUGCGAUCGAGCUAUGAUCUCGGUUAGCUUUAAUGGUCUCGAUCCUCUGUUCAUGUAUACACAAUUAUUAAAGGAAGCACUUCUAGAAAUCGAAGAUGACGAUAGAAAAUCUCUCAAAGAUCUGGCUGAAUAUUGUCGUGAACAAGAUGAUAUUUCUGAAGAUCAAAUAAAACAAGUCGAAAAUGAAUAUCGUAAUCAUACGGCAGUAUGGUGGUAUACAGCUGAAACAUUUAUUUAUCCGAUGCUUAAUCGUGGACUUCGACAAAUGGAUGUUACUAUAAUACUUAAGAUGGGUUUCUUCAUUCGACAUCUACAUAAUCAUAUUGCCGAACUCCAUCGCGAACAACAAAGCAGCAUGCCAAUAAAAUUUCAAGUCUUUCGUGGACAAGGUUUGUCCAUGGAAGACUUUGAAAAGAUGAAAAAGACCAAAGGAGGACUUAUGUCCUUCAAUAAUUUCCUGUCGACAAGUCGUGACCGAACGAUUUCACUAGAAAAGUUUGCACGACCAGCCACACGUAAUCCUACUUCUGUUGGCAUCCUCUUUGUUAUGACCAUUGACGCGGCUAUUUGUACAAAAUCAUCGACACCUUUUGCCGAAGUAAGCAAAGUUGGCUACUACAAAGAUCAAGAGGAAGAAAUUCUUUUCUCCACUCAUACAAUUUUUCGUAUCGAUCGCAUUGAACGUCUUGAAGACAAGCAUACAGAUCGUCUCUGGCAAGUCAAUCUCACCCUUGCUGGUAACCAAGAUGAUGAUUUUAACAAACUUACAGCACAUUUACGCGAAGAACAGAGUUGGUCAAUAGGUUGGGCUCGCCUUGGUCAUAUACUUAUUAAACAGGGCGAGCCUGGAAAAGCAGCAUAUCUCUAUCAGCUGCUCCUUGACAAAACAUCUUCUGAUAAGGAUCGAGCGGAUUACAAUCUUCAACUUGGCACGGUAUAUCAAAGCAUAGGAGAAUACUCGAAGGCAAUAACAUUUUACGAAAGAGCAAUCGAUUUCUACAAGAAAAUGAGCCCUCCGAGUCAGCUCAACUUGGCUUCUUCCUACAACAACAUCGGUGUGGUGUAUAGAAACAUGGGCGAGUACUCGAAAGCACUUUCAUCGUAUGAACGAUCACUUGAAAUCCAAAAAAUAGCUCUUCCUCCGAAUCAUCCCAACUUGGCUUCUUCCUACAACAACAUCGGUUUGGUGUAUAAUAACAUGGGCGAGUACUCGAAAGCACUUUCAUAUUACGAAAAAGAUCUGGAAAUCAGUCUGAAAGCUCUCCCUCCGAAUCAUCCCGACUUGGCUAAAUCCUAUAACAACAUCGGUAAUGUGUAUGGUAAAAUGGGCGAGUACUCGAAAGCACUUUCAUCGUACGAACGAUCACUUGAAAUCCAAAAAAUAGCUCUCCCUCCGAAUCAUCCCGACUUGGCUGCUUCCUACAACAACAUCGGUGUGGUGAAUGAUAACAUGGGCGAGUAUUCGAAAGCACUUUCAUCGUACGAACGAUCACUUCAAAUCCGAAAAAUAGCUCUUCCUCCGAAUCAUACCGACUUGGCUGCUUCCUACGAAAAUAUCGGUCUGGUGUAUUAUAACAUGGGCGAGUAUUCUAAAGCACUUUCAUCGCACGAACGAUCACUUGAAAUCAAAAAAAUAGCUCUCCCUCCGAAUCAUUCCGACUUGGCUGGUUCCUACAACAACAUCGGUUUGGUGUAUGAUAACAUGGGCGAGUAUUCGAAAGCCCUUUCAUUUCUUGAAAAAGCACAUGAAAUCGAUCGAAAAACUCUGCCACCAAAUCAUCCACAUAUUGCACAAUCGAAAAGAGAUGUUGACCGUGUAAAAAAGAAAAUAUAA